AACCAACAGUUUACCAACUGAUUACGGUUCGGCCUAUAUUAUGUUGGUAAGCGGUCGGUAAUUUGCCGGUUAUCGAAAUAAACCCGGGAACCAGUACCGCCAAUUUUUUCGGUGAAAUUUACCUACGGAUUCCCGAGAGAAAAAAGCCGUCCGGAAUGGUUUUAUAUAUAAAUGGGAAUUUAUUUUCCUUCCCCAUUAUUCUUUCUCUCUAAAACCAUAUGUCGCGUCUCUCUCUCCGACGGAAAGCAAAGGGUUUUCUUCGCCCUUUUCACUCAUCUCAUCCCAAAUCUCCACUAAAAUCAUGUCUGGAACACCUACACAGUCUCGACGUCCUUUAUCUCGAGGUACUAGUAGUUCUUCAGCGCCUUUUGUAUCUCGGGAAUCACCAUCCGCACCUUCUCAGGAUGGACAGCCAUUGCCGACUAACAUGGACAUUGACGAGUUGAUCCGGCAACCUGGCCGAGAAACUCUUCCACGUCUUAAUCCUAAUUAUAAAACCAUUCCAAACACCACCGUGUUUGGAUUAUCAGAGAGUGGUGUCAGCAAAAGUCUUCUGAGAAUUGUUUACUCUGGUUUGCUACCGAAAGGUUGGCCGACAUAUGCAGAGAUUCCUCCACGCUACCGCAACCUCUGGUUUCGGCAAUUUGCGCAAGAGUACAAUUGGGAUUCAGGAUUGACUGGGAGAGUGAAGAUCUCAUUUGAUCAAUACGCCACUAGAUACUACAGCGGUCGAAUCAGUGAGUGGAAAAAAGUGUGGGAGGCUGGGAAAACCCCUAAGAACGUCAGCCUGACUGUUUUGGAGGAGUUGAUAGUUCAUUGGGGGAAACCAGAAACAAAGGCCCAGUCAGAAACCAACUCGAAGAACAAGCGUAGUGACCGUGGCGGGAAAGGAGCUUAUGUCCACAACCUUGGCUCAACUAGUUUACUUUCUCGAGAACGUCAACUAAAACAAAGGCCCAGUCAGAAACCAACUCGAAGAACAAGCGUAGUGACCGUGGCGGGAAAGGAGCUUAUGUCCACAACCUUGGCUCAACUAGUUUACUUUCUCGAGAACGUCAACUAUGACACCAACAAACAGACUGGGGAAAUUCAGGAUUUGCUUAUAAAGGAUGUAUGCGAUCUUGUCCAGACCAGAGCAGAUGACAUCAUCUCAACCCAAGUUUCUCAAUCUGAAGAUGGAUCUUUUGCUUUCUCCAACACCUGAACUUUGGAGCAAAUAAACAACCUUGUUCUUGAGGCUGUUCCAAAGAAGAAAGGUCGAUACGUUGGGAUAGGUCGUUCAAUCAAUGAUGGAUUAUCUUCUUCGGUUCAUUCUCUUUAUCCCGUUGACGACCUCAUGGAACAGAUCAAGAACAAAGACGAGGAGAUUGCGUUCUUGAAGACCGACAAUGCUGAGAUCCGGGUUGAGCUGCAAGUAACCAAGAGUCUCACCGAAACAAUUAUGGAUAAACAAAGAAUCGUUUUGGAGAAGAUUUUUAGUUUUUAUUUUAUUUUCAAACUUGUAAUGUAAAUAUUAACUACUUUUAAAAUUAUGUUUAAUAUUAUUAGUUUUAAAAAUAAUAAUUUGAAUA